UCUACACUGCCUAUUGCAUUGCUGCAUCAAAAGGUCAGACGUUCGUCCUCAGUGCAGGUCAACAGUCAUGUCUGCUUUUCUGCAUCACUGUCCAUUCCUGAAGUCUGCCCCAGGCCUGGCCCUGAGAAACGUGGGCCGUUUCUUGGGCAUGGCUGACCGGUGCCCCAUCAUUGCCCGCCAGAUUUCCAUUGCCUCUCAUCAGGAUGAAAAAGGCCUGCAGCCCCACAAGGACGGCAAACGCUCAUUGGCCAUGUCUGCUGCUCAGGUGGCAGUCUCCAUGACCAAGGCCUGUCCCUUUGUGUCCUCUAAGAUUGGACUGGUUCAGGCCAGUCCUCAGGUUCAGGAAGACGUCCACUCUAAAACGGCUGCUAAUCCAGAGGAGGAGGUAAACUCAGGUAUGAUCAGUUCUGUGUUUAGUGGCCUGCAGGGACUUCACUCUCCAAUUCCUUCCCAUCUUUUCAAGGACAAUAUGGUUGGAGCCCGUUUUGACUAUGAUGACUUCUUCACCCGAAAGAUCAUUGAGAAGAAGAAUGACCACACAUACCGAGUGUUUAAGACAGUGAAUCGCUUUGCAGAUGUUUUCCCCUUUGCUAAGGAUUACUCUCUUCCAGGACGUCCUGCUUCCCAGGUGUCUGUCUGGUGCAGCAAUGAUUACUUGGGCAUGAGUCGCCAUCCACAAGUCAUUAAGGCUAUAUGGGAUGUUUUGGAAAAACAUGGUGCAGGAGCAGGUGGCACUAGAAAUAUCUCAGGAACAAGUAACUAUCACGUAGCUCUAGAGAAGCAACUGGCUCUUCUUCACCAGAAAGAUGCAGCACUUGUAUUUUCAUCAUGCUUUGUUGCCAACGACUCUACCCUCUUCACUCUCGCAAAAAUGCUUCCAGGUUGUGAGAUUUAUUCAGACAUGGGGAACCAUGCCUCCAUGAUCCAGGGCAUUAGGAACAGCGGGGCCAAACGUUUUAUCUUCCGUCACAAUGAUGCAAGACACCUAGAAGAGCUGCUCAGUCGCUCUGAUCCAAACACACCUAAGAUUGUAGCCUUUGAGACCGUGCACUCAAUGGAUGGUGCUAUCUGUCCCCUGGAGGAGCUUUGUGACGUUGCUCACAAAUACGGUGCUGUCACUUUUGUGGAUGAGGUUCAUGCAGUUGGUCUGUAUGGGACACAUGGUGCAGGAGUUGGAGAAAGAGACGGCGUCAUGCACAAAAUCGACAUUGUCUCCGGCACGCUGGGUAAGGCGUUUGGUUGUGUGGGUGGAUACAUCGCCAGCACUGCUGCACUGGUGGAUACGGUGCGCUCUUAUGCAGCAGGCUUUAUUUUCACCACUUCACUGCCACCCAUGGUGCUGGCUGGAGCUCUGGAGUCAGUGCGGGUGCUAAUGAGCUCAGAAGGUCAGGCUUUACGUCGGGCUCAACAGAGGAACGUUAAACAUAUGAGGCAGCUGCUGCUGGACGCAGGUCUACCUGUCAUCAACUGUCCUAGCCACAUUAUCCCCAUACGAGUGGGAAAUGCAGAGCAGAAUUCUAAAGUGUGUGACAUUCUGUUGGAGAGACACAACAUCUACGUACAAGCUAUAAACUACCCGACUGUACCACGUGGAGAAGAACUGCUGCGUUUAGCUCCCACCCCUUUCCACGACCCCAUCAUGAUGGACUACUUUGCAGAGAAACUGGUGGAAGUAUGGCAGGAGGUCGGUCUGCCACUGAACGCACCAGCAACAGCUUCCUGCACCUUCUGUGAUCGUCCUCUCUAUUUCGACCUCAUGAGUGAGUGGGAGAAGAGCUACUUUGGAAACAUGGAGCCACAAUAUAUCACAGUUGCUGCACAAUAAAAACGAUGGAUUGAAACAGAGUUGGAAAACAAUAUUCAGAAAAUUCUUUGAUUAUUAUUAAAUAAAAUAAUCAUAGAUCAUCUUC